AUGUCGAACAAGCGGAGAUUGUCCGCUGAUGGGACCAAGCCCUUGAAGUUCAAAAAGGUCAAGGAGGAAGAAACCACACUGGAGAUACCUGCCGAAUUGGCCUAUGUUGCUCGGAAAGCAAGUCUUGCACGUGAAACUUCCACGAGGUCAAAUCGCUUGGAACAGUCCCAGAGCAUUGGCGAGUACAUGGCCGCGAAGUUCAAUUCGAAGGACAGCAUCGUGGAAGGAUUGCUUCAGUUUGUGCGGUUUGUCGACGAGCAUUUUCCCCCUACAAAGAAUGGAGUAUUCGGCCCCUACGAUUCUGAAGUGUGCCAAUUCCAGCGCCUACUUGCGGCCCUGGCAUUUGCCAUGGGAGCCGCAGAUGGGAUGCAAAGGUGCACGACGGAUGCCAAUGCAGUGGGAGUCGAAAAGAUUGCCAUCACUUUUGUGGAUCCUUCGGUUGCUGCCCCGACGCAUAAGCUCUCAGCCAAUGAUGUUGCUCCGGAGUGCGAUGGCAUGUUGUCACCGACAGAUGUCUUUGUUGUGAAAGGAUGGAGUCGAGGGAUUUCACUGCUGACAAUCUUGUUGGCUGCCUUUGAGAGCCCGGAGUUCCACCAGGUCUGGGCAAAAGCGUGUGAGAUCUCAGAAGCCUAUGUCGUUGGCAAGGCGGAGUCACAGGCUGCACUCCACCUUUACAAUGACGUUUCUCCCAGGAUUGCAUUGCAACAUUCAAUGGCCAAGUUCUUGACUCAUGAGAGCAUAGCUGCGGGCGCUUGGAACCAGAACUAUUGCAGUGCCACAGACACAAUGCAAGCCUGGCAAGAAACCCUGACCAACACCGAGCAGAUUCUGGACAUGACGGUCGACCGGAUGUCUCGUGAUUGGUUAAGUUUGGCUCCAAAGAUGCGCAAAGCCUUCACCCUGAAGGAUGUUGAAUACUACCAACGCAGCAGUGCAAUUUUUCUGGCUUGCAUGAGCCGCUUCGAAUCUGAGUUCCCAAUUGACUUUGUGGAAAAGGAGCGCCCUCGCAUCAAACGGUUUGAUUUGAAACAUGGUGACGCAGAGCUGGUGGGAAUGCUGGAGGGAGCUCCGCCAGUUGAUUUGGAGCGGUGUGGGAUCUUUCGUACAGCCAUUGCAAAAUUUCAGAGACAGGCUGAGGACGAAAAGGUGAAGGCUUCUGAAGAGCAACUUGGAUGGCCUGCUAGUACAAAGGGGUGCCAAGCCUAUCAGAUGCACAUGCAGACUUGCUGCAAUUUCAAUCUGACUGUGGUGGAACGCCAAGCUCGCUUUGCAGCAGUGAGUAGCUUGCACAAGACCUUUGGUUUCAGCAAGAGCCAUGUCUUUUUGGGAGUUCUGGGUCCCAUCACCCGGGCUCGAGUUACAGAGUUGAUUUCGGACGAUGCUGACAGACCAUGUUCCCCUGCGCAUCGUGAGUCUUGA